AUGUACAACCUGCCCCCAUGUGCUGAUCCCCCUGCACAGUGCGAGGGUUUGACGCUUCCUGGUACUGUUCCUCCCCUGCAGAACCAGAGUGACAUCAUCCCGGGCACUGGUCCGAAAGAAAGCUGCUUACAGCUCCUGCCCACUCUGGGAACAGGAUGUAAGAGGAGCAACUGCUUUGCGCUGCACUGGGGUUGUGAAAGAGAAUAUAUAAAAAACUGGCGGCCAAGAUAUUUCCUGCUAAAGACAGAUGGCUCUUUCAUAGGCUAUAAGGAGAAGCCCCAGGAUGUGGAUCUGCCAUAUCCACUCAACAACUUUUCAGUGGCAAAAUGUCAGCUAAUGAAAACAGAGCGACCAAAGCCAAACACGUUCAUUAUCAGAUGUCUUCAGUGGACUACUGUCAUAGAGAGGACGUUCCACGUAGACACGCCAGAGGAACGGGAAGAAUGGACAGAAGCAAUCCAGGCUGUAGCAGACAGACUUCAGAGGCAAGAAGAGGAGAGGAUGAACUGUAGUCCAACUUCACAGAUUGACAAUAUAGGAGAAGAAGAGAUGGAUGCUUCAACAACCCAUCAUAAAAGAAAGACAAUGAAUGAUUUUGACUAUUUAAAACUACUGGGCAAAGGCACAUUUGGCAAAGUUAUCCUGGUCCGAGAGAAGGCUAGUGGGAAAUACUAUGCUAUGAAGAUUUUGAAAAAAGAAGUCAUUAUUGCAAAGGAUGAAGUAGCUCAUACGCUUACAGAAAGCAGAGUAUUGAAAAAUACCAGACACCCUUUUUUAACAUCCUUGAAAUAUUCCUUCCAGACAAAGGAUCGUUUGUGUUUUGUGAUGGAGUAUGUUAACGGAGGAGAGCUGUUUUUCCAUUUGUCGAGAGAGCGGGUGUUCUCAGAGGACCGCACACGCUUCUAUGGUGCAGAAAUUGUCUCUGCCCUGGACUAUCUGCAUUCUGGGAAGAUUGUGUACCGUGAUCUCAAGUUAGAAAAUCUAAUGUUGGAUAAAGAUGGACACAUAAAAAUUACAGAUUUUGGACUUUGCAAAGAAGGAAUCACAGAUGCAGCAACUAUGAAGACAUUCUGUGGUACUCCAGAAUACCUGGCACCCGAGGUGUUGGAAGAUAAUGACUAUGGUCGUGCAGUAGACUGGUGGGGAUUAGGAGUUGUCAUGUAUGAGAUGAUGUGUGGAAGAUUACCGUUCUACAACCAAGAUCAUGAGAAAUUAUUUGAACUGAUACUAAUGGAGGACAUAAAAUUUCCUCGAACUCUGUCUGCAGAUGCAAAAUCAUUACUAUCAGGCCUACUGAUAAAGGAUCCAAAUAAGCGGCUUGGUGGAGGCCCAGAUGAUGCAAAAGAAAUCAUGCGUCAUAGUUUCUUUGCUGGAGUAAACUGGCAAGAUGUAUAUGAUAAAAAGGUAUGUCUUUACAUGACAUUGAAUAAUCUGGCUUCUGCAAAGUGGUUUCCAUGGAUAGUCAUAGGACUGCUGCUCUCUGAA